GUCUGAAUUCGAGUAUAUUCAUAACAAAAGUUUUGAAUCGCCUUCGACAGGCGAUCGGACCACAUCCAUUAAAGAUGAUGGAAUUACAAUCUGCGCAUGCGCCGAAGUAAAGUUGACGGCGAAUGGGAGGACGUGCUUGUAGCAGAAGUUGGAAGGCUUUUAGGGGCUUGACUUUUUAGAUGAUCAGAAGGAGAACUUGCUUGAAGUCAACUAAAGUGAAGUCUAGGCUGAUACAUAUACAUAUUUUGGGGUUACUUGGGGUUCUGGAAAAGGGGUUAUUCUUGGCGUUUUGGAAAGGAAGUAACGUCGAAUUUACCCCAAAAUGGAUUUGCUGAAGAUUUUGCUAUUUUUGUCUGCUCUGCUGGGGCUGUCUUACGCGGUGACGAUAAAAGUUGGUGCCAUGUACGGCGAGUCGACGCACAUCAACGACGUUUACAAGAACAUUCUGACGGACGCCGCCCAGCACAUCAACCGCGACGGCACCAUUCUCCCGCAAGGCGACGAGAUCGCCGCCGUCCACUUCAACAGCCCCACCGAGGAGGGCUGGGCAAGGCACUCCGUGUCGGUCGGUGUGAGGGCCGCAUGCUCUUUCAUCAACAACAAGGAUGCCCACGCCCUCAUCCUUCCCGACGACAUCUGCCUCGAUUGCCAAGGCGUCGGGUACAUCAUGGGCAACGCGUACUCACCGACCCUGACCACCGAUCAGAGUGCGGGCUCGGGCUCCAUUAAGAUGUAUCCCAUCACCGAUGAGAUGAUUGAGUUGGUCUCGAAGGUCAUCAAGCACUACCGAUGGUCUACCUUUAUCAUUAUGUACGAUGGGGAUUCGGGAUACGAUAUGGUGAAUGCCCUAAUGGGGAUGUCCCCAGAGACUGGGUGGACCGCCACGCCCAUUGCGCUGGAUGGUGAUGACCCCAAUGCCCAGAUGAAGGAUAUCAAGGCGAGAGCUGUGAAGAACAUCGUUGUCUACAUGCACAUUGAAGAGAACUUGAAGAAAGUCGUCGACGCGGCAUAUGAGGAAGGGCUUCUCUUCGACACCUGGCACUGGCUGUUCGGAAAUCCAAACGUGGCCUAUCUGGGAAAGACGUUCUUGGAGACCAAGCUGCGCUACAACUCUGCCUUCCUCACUCGCUUCAAGAUGGAGACGGCGAGUUCUGUCGGAGGUAGCUACUUCACUCGUCGCGCUGACGCAAUCCGCAAGUGGCCGUUCCGUCAGCAAACGACGUACGACUCGCUGCUGGCGGUAGGCCAUGCGUUGAAACAGUACAAGGAGCAGCACAACAACUACCCUCCAUCGGGCCGAUGCGGCAUUACCAAGAGUCAAUUGCUGUCUAGUUUUUCCAAGUUUUCUUUCGAAGGCUGCAGCGGUGAAGUGGCCUUCAAUGAGCACGGAGACAGAGUGAACUACACCAUCAAGAUCUUCGUGGGCAAGAACCAGUACCUUUCCAUAAACACGCUAGGCGUGUUCACACAAAACAUCCACCAUUGGGAGCAGAAGAAUAACCAGAAAUGGCCUGGCGAGCCGGGUUCUAACCUCUACAUGAAGCCUUAUCGUAUGGCAGAGGAGAGCCACAUUCACAUCCUCACUAUCGAGGAACCACCAUUCAUAAUGCGCUACGACUACGAACAGAUCCGGAAUCCCCGUCGAAAUCGCCGUGCUACAGGAGAAACCAUCGACAACGGUCUCUACAUCGGCUACGUUCCAGCACUCCUCGAAGCUAUCAAACACGUGUUCGAAGACGACAUGGGCUUGGACUUCAGCUACAGGCUUGAGCUCCUUGGAGAAGGGAAUUAUGGUCGUUUUGACAAGUCGACUAAAGAAUGGGAUGGCAUGAUGAGAGAUCUGUUCGAUGGGGAUGCUGACAUUAUCGCCGCUGCUCUGACAAAGACAAACAUCCGAGAGGAUUACAUCGAUUUUACAGGCACCUGGUACAAGAGUGACGUCCAGCUCCUGGUGAAGCAUCCAACUUACAUUUGGGAAUACCCUUUCGUACCUCUCUUCCCCUUCAACAUCUAUUCCUGGCUGACCAACUUUCUGGCUUUUGUCGUAGCGAGCAUCCUGAUGUGGGUGGUGAGUUACCUAAACCAGAACGAAUUGCGUGCAAAAGCCUCCAGAGGAGAGGUCCCGAAAGAGGACGGAGAGACUUUCUCCUUCAUCAACACCUUCUAUUACAUGUUGUCCAUAAUGGCAUUUCAAGGAUUCCCCUCCAAAUCGCCACAUUCGUAUACGGGUAGAGUCCUCUCGGGUUUCUGGUUCGCCUACACGCUCAUGAUGGUAUGGUUAUACGUGAGUAGUCUGACGCCUUUAAUGAAAGCCAGCAAGGUGCCCUACAAGAUCCGCAGCCUGUUCGACCUGAACAAACAGGAGUCAUUCGACUUCGGCGUGGUCCGUAAGAGCCCGACGUUCGAUUUAUUCCACCAGGCCACGAAGGGUGACAAGCGAAUCACCUGGGACGACAUCCAGACCGGCGACGAACAGAAAAUCGUGCAGGACUUGAUCGACGGUGUCCGCAAGGUUCGGAGGGACAAUGGCGGGUAUGCUCUGCUCUCCGAGAAGAAGAUGCUGGAAUACGAAGCUCUGCGUUGGCCUUGCGACAUGCUCAUCGUUGGUGGGUACGUGACCAAGAUCAAGUUUCCUCUCGCCGUCCAGUCUGGAUCACCUCUUCGUGAUCAACUCACUUACGCCAUCAAGAAAAUCAAGGGGAACGGUGUCCUGGCGAACAUCACCUCGCAGUCCUUCUAUACACCUUACUGCGAGAAGAUCUACAAGAAGCAGUGGCACAAGCAGGCUAAGAAGAAGAUUACCAGCCAGGAUCUAGCAGGGGUCUACUACCUGAUGAUGCUGGGUGGUGCAGCAACGCUCAUCAUCUUCACAAUCGAGACCAUCUUCUUCUACCUGAGAGGAGGUACCGGCUUCGUUAACAAGAUCCCACCUCUUCGGAGAUUCAGCAGAAGCGGUAGUGAAGGAAUGGCGGCAACCUCCAGACCGCUGCGAGAAAAAGCAGUUCAUCGUGACGAUUAUGAUGAUAGACCUAUGCCCAGGCCUGCCGUCGGGGGCGGUGGUGGCUAUGGGAGAGGAGGAGGACAGGCGAACGGCGGACAGGCGAACGGCGGACGAGACUGGAUCUAGAGUUUUCCUAUCCUGGUCAAGCAGACUACAACAUUUCAACUUAAAGUUUGAUUUCUAUAUCAUUCACUAUCUCUUUUACGUGCGUCGGGUAUAAUUAUUGUGUGCACUCUAUGGUAAAGUGUGGUAAAGUAAAAAUGGCAUCAAGUUUAGGAAAUCAAUCGUAUCUUCUUUAUUACUAAAUAAGAGAGCUUCAGUCAUGUAAGUACGUCUAUCACCUUCCCAAAACCAGGUGAAAAUGUUCUAUGGCUUUAGAAAAUUAAAUUAGUAAUGAGACUUUUGAUCGGCUUUGCUAUAAUUUUAUUUUCGCUAAGUUUUCGCUGUUUUUAUAAUCGCCAAGUUGUCUUUAUAUAUAAUUCUUUUGAACUUAUUCUGGUAUAAAUAUCGAGUGAUAAUCUGAUUCGAGAAUUUCUCAAGUGAAACAGAGUAUCAUCUCACCUCUCAUCGGACAUUGUAGUCAGUGACUGUGUCGUCUUGAUUUCUAUGGACAAGGUGUUUUGUCUUCUGUGGAGUUUGAUAACCAGUGACAGCUUGGUCAAACGCCACAAACGCCUCAGGAGUGGAAACCAGUUUGCCAACAGUGUAGAACGGUAUCGAUAUACUUUGGGGAUUAGGAUUAAAAGAAUUGGGUUUAAGUUCGACAAAUGAUCGCGAUGAUCUGUCCACUUAAAGGGUUAAAUGAUACCCUAUCGAAUUAAAUUUAGAAACAUGAAUGAAGCAGUUAUAAUUGCUUUUGUCAGAUCGUCGGAGUAUCCAGUAAGUUUUCAAUGAUUUAUUGUAUGACUGUUUGAUUAUAGACACUCAUCAGUUACUUCUUGUGUCAAUUUUCAUUUUGUGUUUGUCUGUCAAUGGGUGAAGGAUAACUUUUAAUAAAGAAACAAUAAAUGUUGAAAUAAUGAA